AUGAAACAAUCUAUCAAUCAUCAAUACUAACUCUAACAAUUUUAGUAUGUGUCCACCACAUAGUUGCCAAAAGUGUAAAAGGAAAAAUAAAAACAUCAACCAAAACUUGAUCUACUCAAAUCAUUAUUGAAAGAUUAGAGUUCGUGUUAAAUUAGCCAAAAAUCUCAAAUUUCAACUAAUGAUAAAAAAUACAUAAGAAUCCAAAAAAUUUAAGUGGAACCUGAACUUAAAGUCGAUGAAUUAAAAGAGCAUUAAUGGCAAAUUCUUUCAUAAAAUUGUCAAUACCUCUUAGAGCUUAGUCGACAGAUUCUUGACAAACCUAACUAUGAAUUACUUUAUAGAUCUACCUCCAACCCAAGACUUAUUGAACAUGACCAACCACUAAAACCUAAUGUCAAUUGUAAUUCAAAACAGAGCAUUAAUAAUUAAAAAAAUUGCAUCCAAGCUAAAUUUGCAUUAAUUUAGCACUCCAAAAGAAGAUCGUCAAAUAAAUCCUUCAAUAAUAACAAUCACAUAAAUGUUGCUAUAGCUGAUAAACCCUUUCUCAAAAAACACUCAAGUUUACAUGUCUCACCUACCCAUCAGUCCGUAACUACGUCUCAAACUUCGUAAUCAUCAACCAAGUUCUUUUUUGCAAAGCUCAAUCAAGUAUCAUCUAAUGCGUAUAAUCUAUAACGAAGAUUAAAAUAAGAAUAAUUUGAUGAGAUCAAACAGACAAAUGAAAAAGUAUUAUGCAUUAGAUCUGACUUUGAUAAAUUCUCUAAAAUGUUAGAUGAAUCUGAAAAAAAUUGA